UAUCGCUCUGCCGAAACGAUCAUUCCCCAUUUUCCUUCCCUAAUCCCCUCCCGACCCAAACUCCCCUCCCAACCCUAAAUUGAAAAUUCCCCCAUCCCGAUUUCAUGGCAAAGACUUGUUCUUUCGGCCCCGACCUUGCCCGUCGUAGAUCGGGAAAUCGUUCUUCCCUUCUCUCUGUCUGAUCCGUGUCGGAGAUUAUCGAGGAUUUUGAGGAAUUCUGGUGUUGUGUUUGAUUUUCAAUCGUUUGAUUUGUUAGACGUUUCGAUCUGGUUGGUCUUGGUGGAGCCUUCCGCGAAUCGGAUCUUGCGGGGGAGGUGUUUGAUUCUUAGCCGCCGGAGAUUUAGAUGUCGUCACCGGUCACGUCGUCUUACUGGUGCUAUAGAUGCAGACAAUUCAUCAGGGUUUGGAGCCAAGAUUCGGUCACUUGCCCCGAUUGCGACAGCGGUUUCAUCGAGGAGAUCGAGAGCCCGCCUCAGUCGAUCCUCCAUGAUGCUGGCAGGAGGCGGUUUCCUGCUGCGGCGAUGUACCGGAUCGGAUCCCGCUCCAAUUCCGAACAGAACUCGGGCUCUAAUCUCCGCAGGAGCCGCAGGAAUGGCGGGGAUCGGUCCCCCUUCAACCCGGUGAUCGUCCUUCGGCGGCCCUCCGAAGGUGGGGCCAGCGAUGACGGCAGCGAGAGGGGUGGAUACGAGCUCUAUUAUGAUGACGGCGGAGGGUCGGGAUUGAGGCCGCUGCCGCCGAGCAUUUCGGAGUUCCUACUUGGAUCGGGAAUUGAUCGACUGCUGACUUACCUCCAGCAGGUGGAGAUCAGUGGAUUGGGCAGGUUAGAGCAGCCCCCGGCUUCGAAAGCUGCGAUCGAGUCGAUGCCGAGUGUUGAAAUCGGAGAGGACAUCAUUGAGACUGAACUUCACUGUGCUGUGUGCAAGGAAGUUUUUGAGUUGGGAAAUGAGGCAAGGGAGAUGCCCUGUAAGCAUAUAUACCACCAAGAUUGCAUCUUGCCUUGGCUCUCGCUGCGGAACUCAUGCCCCGUGUGCCGCCAUGAGAUGCCACCAGCAGAGAUGGCUGAGCCAAGUGGAGGUGGAGGCGGAGGCGGAGGAAGUGGAAAUCCUGAUGAGGAGAUUGUUGGGCUGACAAUUUGGAGGCUGCCUGGCGGCGGUUUCGCGGUUGGGCGCUUUUCAGGCGGGAGGAGGGGCGGGGAAGGAGAGCUGCCGGUGGUAUAUACUGAAAUGGAUGGUGGGUUUAACAACAAUAGCAGUAAUGGUGGAGGGAUCCCGAGGAGGAUCUCAUGGGCAUCGAGAGGGGGUCGAGGGAGAGAAAGUGGUGGGCUUCGGAGGGUCUUGAGGAACUUGUUUGGCUGUUUUGGUGGGCGUUUUGGACCUUCUUCCGGGGCUUCAACAUCAAGCUCGAGUUCUGACUCAAGGAUGGUAGGACGAGGGUCGUUUUUGAGCUCGAACAUCUCUUUCAGGAGGCCGAGAUCAUUUUCUUUGAAUCCCAACAACUAUGGAUACAGAAGGUAGUGGAGGGCUGGGAUGAGGAUAUGCUUAGUGGAUAAAUCGUUCGCACUCGUUUUAACUGUAAAUAUGAAGGCAUGGCAUGAGUCAAUCUUACAAUUCAUGAUUUAGCCAAGGGUACGGCAUCUAGUGGAUUGAUUGGAUGAAGAAUCUGGAAUGAAAUUUGCUGAUACAUUGCAGUGGCGAACUGAUAACAGAAGUUUGGAUUCUAAAUUGGAGGAUGAAUUGCAGUGGAGGCAGCAACAUCGAGCACCUGUGUUCAGAUGAAUCAGACUGUCACUUUAAAGAUUGGUUUUUUGGGGGAGCAGGGAGUUACAUAAUCUAGUGGCCUCUUGACCUCUCAGCUAUCACAUAAACGCUUUGGUUAGAGUUCAUGAAAUCCCUUUCUGUUUUUUGUAUCUCAAGUUCGAUGCGGUCUGUUUCUUUCUGAUAAUUUUCCAAAUUGAAUAUCGCAAAUUCUUAACUCUCCUUAUAAAUCCGGUUUGUUUCUUUGUC